AUGGGCCUGAUCUGGCUCCUGCUGCUCAGCCUGCUGGAGCCCGGCUGGCCCGCCGCGGGUCCCGGGGCGCGACUGCGGCGCGAUGCGGGCGGCCGCGGCGGCGUCUACGAGCACCUCGGCGGAGCGCCCCGGCGCCGCAAACUGUACUGCGCCACCAAGUACCACCUCCAGCUGCACCCGAGCGGCCGCGUCAACGGCAGCCUGGAGAACAGCGCCUACAGUAUCCUGGAGAUGACGGCGGUGGAGGUGGGCGUCGUGGCCAUCAAGGGGCUCUUCUCCGGGCGGUACCUGGCCAUGAACAAGAGGGGGCGGCUCUACGCCUCGGAGAGCUACAACGCCGAGUGUGAGUUCGUGGAGCGGAUCCACGAACUCGGCUACAACACGUACGCCUCGCGGCUCUACCGCUCCGCGCCCGGCGGCCCCGGGGCGCAGCGCCAGCCCGGCGCCGAGAGACUGUGGUAUGUGUCCGUGAACGGCAAGGGCCGGCCCCGCAGGGGCUUCAAGACGCGCCGCACCCAGAAGUCCUCCUUGUUCCUGCCCCGCGUGCUGGACCACAAGGACCACGAGAUGGUGCGGCUGCUGCAGAGCGGGGCCGGGCUCCGCGGCGGGCGGCCCGGAUCCCCCGGCAAGGGGCCCCGGCCCCGGCGGCAGCGACCGCGGCAGAGGAAGCGGAGCCGGCGAGGCGGCGCGUAGAUCACCAGGCCCGGCACAGAGAAGGCCGUCCAGGCUCCCGGCAGCAGGUGCAGAGCGACUGUGGGCCCCGCUGGCCCGGCAGCUUCCCAGGACAGCUCCCCCCUUCCCUGCCCCUCCCCUGCUUCUGCCCCGGCUGGUGUUCCGAGGCCCAGCCCUCCCCGAUUCUCUCAAACGGGGUCAGAUCAGAAGGCAGCCGGGCCUCCGAGGGAGGGCUGCUUCCCGUCCACACCCCCGUGGGCUUCCGCUGGCCGGGCGCCCCCCUCGCCCACGGGGAAAACCGACGGGCGCGCGGGGCUUCCAACCGCCCGGGGAGCCUCCCUGCAGCUCUGCUCUCGGACGUGUGGGCGUUUGUG